AAUUUAAACCCAAAAAUAUUUUGGGUCAAAAUAGGAAUUGCUGGCAUACUCCAUUUUCUAAUCUCAAUUUCGAAAUUCGUGAUUCUCUUUGCUCCAUCAAGGGGAAGCAUUCUCUUGCUCCACAGUCCCAAAGCGGAACCUGGAAUCAAAUUCUAGGUUCUCAAUAUUUUAUCCAGCCAUAUAGGAACUGAAAUUUUGAAUGGCACAGUCUGCAAGUUUAGUCCAUACUAGCCUCCUAAAUUAUGGCUUUACUCCCAAAUAUUGGAGAUAUGAUAUGACUAAAUCACGACCAUCCCCUCGUAGUGUUCGUAUCAAAGCUGUGCAAGAUACCAGUGGUCCUCGUAGGUUAGUUGAUAUCAUUAGACUCGUGCCUGAGCUCUCGAGAAAUUACUUUCGAAGUCCUUCAAGGAGGGCCCUUUUUGGAGGAAUCUCAUUGUUAGGUGGCUUUUAUGUGGCACAGACUAUAUCAUUGUCAUUUGGAGCUUUAGGAGUAAAUGAUGUGAUUGCUGCUGUGGUAUGUGUUCUCCUUACCGAGUACGUUACUCGAUUUUAUUAUAGUCGACCAAAGGUAACUUUCCCCAUUGCUCUACUAAACAACUUCAAAAUGGGAUUCACUUAUGGUCUUUUCAUUGAUGCCUUCAAACUUGCUAGUUAACAGCACUUGGUGAAACCAUUCUGGUGGUAGCUAGCAUUUACAUUUUAAAGUCCUUUGCACAAUAAUUUUUGUAUAUAUCUUUAAAGCUUGUUCUAAUUGUUUUAGAUGAACUAUUUUCCCUUCUUUAUAUAUUUCUUCUGUAUAUUUUCAUCUGACAGUUACAUUGAAGAAUUAAAUGUUCUAUUCACCCUCAGAUGCUAUAGUAACAGAUUUGAAUGUAAUUGAGAACUUUUAAGAGUGUAGUUCUUGUUCA